ACACACACACAAUCAUUAUCAUUAAGUAUUGGCAAUAAAAUUUCAAAACAUACAACUGUAGUCUUUAUCUAUAUCUCCAUGUUAAUCAAUGUUAUUGUUUUGGAUUAAUUUGAUUAACAAUCAUCAUCAUCAUCAUCAUAUAUAAAUUGAUUGAAACUUAUAUAUAUGUUUAUUGCCAAUAGAACUGUUUGAUUUUACUUACAUGAACAUUGUUCAUUCAAUCAAUCAAAAAACACAAACAUUCCCAUUUGAUGGUUAAGUGAUUCUUUUUUUUUUUGUGUCUGGUUUCUGAUUAAUCUGGUUUUCUCCCCAUUUGUAUGUGUUUGAUGGAAUUAUUUUUUUUUUUUUAAAUUACAAUUCUCUUUUUGAGCAAAAGAAUUCACUGUCAGGAAAUUACACCAGACACAUUGAAUUUUCGUGUUAAAUCAAUUAAUUUUUUUUUUUUUUUUUUUUUGGUCGCAUCAUCCUUUCCAUACACAUCAAAAAUAAACACUUUAUCGUUUUCGUUGGCUAGAAUUUGGUCAUAAUGAUUGUAUCGAUUAUAUUACCAUUGAUUAUUGUAUUUGGUUUGGCAUCAUCGACCACUAUCACCACUGCUUACAAUAAUGAUGAUAAUGAUGUUAUAUUACAGAAUAAAGUGGCCAUACAACUUCGUCUCUAUCCCGGAUCAUCGACAAUAAAAUUAUUCAAUCAAAAUGUUGAUAAUAAUGAACAUAUGAAUCUUACAUAUAAAGUGUUUACACAAAAUUUACUUGAUAAAAAUCAACAACAACAACAAACAACAAAAUAUUCACGCCUAAUACCAGAUCAAUCAUCAUAUAUUCGGCAACCAGAAUCUGGAAUUGUUUACAAUCCAAAGGAAUUUGUUUCAUUUUGGUCGAAUAUAACAACAACAGAUGUUUCAAACACUGCAUUCAUUAUUGAAAUACGAAUCAAUAAUAAUAAUGAUGAUGAAGUGCAACAGAAUACUGUUAAUGGCUAUAUAAGACCUUUCGAUGCGAAUGAAACGAAUGGUUUUCGAAAAAUUCCAUUACUUAAUUCAUCUAGUCAAAAUGUUGUUGGUGAAAUUGAAGUCAAUUAUUUAAUCAUACGUCCAACAGGUGAUGAUUUCAAUCCAUUAUCAGAUCAUUAUAUUUCAAUCGAUGAUAUCCAAGUUGCCGGUCAUCGUGGUACCGGCACCGGUAUACGUUAUGAUUUACCAGAAAAAUUUAUCGAGAAUACGAUAUCAGCAUUCAAUUAUGCAUGUAAAAAUGGUGCACAAAUGAUUGAAUUGGAUGUACAAUUAUCAUUGGAUCGUAUACCAGUCAUUUAUCAUGAUUUUGAAGUUCAAACAAAUUUUGUCAAUCGCCAUAAAUGUAAGAAACAUGAAAUGAUAAAAAUUCCAUUGAAAGAUUUUACAUUACAUUCACUUCAACAGAUUUCAACCAAUUUUAUGCCACACGUGUCCAAAAAUGUGUCAAUGUUUUCACAAUCAUUUGAAACAUUGGAACAAGUGCUGAAUUAUACUGAUCCAAAUUGUGGUAUCGAUGUGGAGAUUAAAUAUCCAUCACAGAAGAAAAAUCUACAAUAUGAAAGUGAAUUAGGUGUUGAAUUGAAUGAAUAUGUUGAUCGAAUAUUGAACAUUUUAUUCAAAUAUGGUGGUGAACGGCCAAUGUUUAUAACAUCAUUUCAUGCAGAUCUUUGUUCAAUGAUUCGAUUGAAACAGAAUAAAUAUCAUGUUGGUUUUCUAACAUCGGCCAAACAUUGGUCAACAGAUCCUCGUGAUUUUUCCAUUGAAUCAGCUGUAGCAUUUGCACAAAGUAUGAUGAUCAAAGCUAUUGUACCGGUUGUCGAUCCUAUUUUGACAUCAAAAACAACAACAAAUGGACGAUAUAAAUAUAUUGAUUAUGUUAAACAACGUAAACUUGGCUUAUAUCUUUGGGGAAAUAAAAUCAAUAGCCAUCAAAUAGUAAUGAAUCUAUUGGAUAAUGGUGUCGAUUUGCUUAUAUUUGAUCGGUAAGUUUUAUUUCCAUUUUGUCUCGAUAAAUGACGUGAGCAAAAAAAAAAAAAUCACUGUGUUAAAUUAUUUAGAACUUAUUAUAUUUGUCAAGUUUGUUUUUUAUUCGCAAAAUAAUUCUUUCUCUGUUUUUUCCCUUUUCGCCUUGAAUUUGUGUGAAAAAAUAACCCGACCACACACACACACACACACAAAUCAGCAUCGAUAAAAUAAUCAACGAAACGACAUUCAUUAUUCAUUGACGAUGAUGACGGAAGAAAUUUUUUCCACGUUAUUGUCUCACCCGAUUAGUGAUGUGUAGGGAGAAAACAAAAAAUUUUUGAAUUUACUCUUGAGUAUUCAACACACACACACAACGAAAGUGUGUAUUUUGAAAAAUUUUGUCUGGUAUAUCUAUUUUUCACUUAAAUUAUGAAUAGUACUACUAAAUAAAAAAUUUUUUCCAUUUUUAAAA